ACAUCUAAAAAGGGGACAAACGCACACAUUUAAAAGUUCACAUUUAAGUUCAUGUAUGUGGAAAUGGCCAUUUAUACACAUUUCGCCACUGCCCAACACGACAAAUACCCGGAUGUAUUUACGACAGUUGCGCUCCAAAAGCAGCACACUGGGAAAUAAACCGGGAAAAUGUUAUUUUCUGUCAAUAUGGCGACCACUCGCUCCUCCACCCUCGUGUUGGACCAGUGGGAAUCCCUCCAAAGAGGCUUGAAGUCGGACACGUACACGUACACGGCCACGGCCACGGGGUCGGCGAACUUUCCCCCACGUGUUGCUAGUGUUGAAAGUGGAACUAAGAGGAGGGAGGGGUGGCGACUUUAUCUCCGACACGCCGGAGAGGGAAAGCCGCUCAUGGACUACCAGUUGGCCCCAACUCUUCUCGGCAAGAAGGCAACAGAGCGCCGUCGGAAGAGUUUUUCCAGUAAAUGUGGAUUUUUUUUUUGUCGCCGGCGAGCGAGCAAACAUGAGCGGGGAGAAAGACGCCACGAAGCCCGGCGAGGAGAUCCCUGACCCGGAGAAGCACUUGGGGGACUCCUCGGAGGGUGUGCAGCGGCUGGAAGGUCCGAGUGAGGCCGACACAUGUCGGGCGACGCGCCUGUACAAACGCCGCUGGGUGAUGGUGCUCCUCUUCAGCUCCUACUCGCUCUGCAACUCCUACCAGUGGAUCCAGUACGGCAUCAUCAGCAACAUCUUCACCAAGUUCUACCAGGUGGACCACUUCACCAUAGACUGGAUGUCCAUGAUCUACAUGCUGACCUACAUCCCCUUCAUCCUGCCCGUCACCUGGCUGCUGGACAGGAAGGGGCUGCGGGUGGUCGCCAUCGCGGCCACGGCGCUCAACUGCGCCGGGACGUGGCUGAAGGUGGUGAGCGUCCAGCCCCACCUGUUCGCCGUCACCUUCUCGGGACAGUUCUGCUGCUCCCUCGCCCAGGUCUUCAUCCUGGGCAUGCCCUCCAGGAUAGCCUCGGUGUGGUUCGGCUCCGACGAAGUGUCCACGGCGUGUUCCAUCGGCGUGUUUGGGAAUCAGUUGGGUAUCGCCAUUGGGUUCCUGGUGCCACCUAUCCUGGUGCCUAACGUGGACGACCUGGACGAGCUGGCCCACCACAUUAGAAUCAUGUUCUACAUCACAGCCGGAGUGGCCACUUUCCUCUUCAUCCUCGUUGUUUUCGUCUUCCAGGAGCGCCCUAAACUCCCUCCCACUCAAGCUCAAGCCACCGCCCGAAGCAUCCCACCCGAGCAGUACUCCUACACCGCCUCCAUUCUCAGGCUUCUCCGCAACAGGCCCUUCAUCCUCCUCGUCGUCACCUAUGGCCUGAACGUGGGCUGCUUCUACGCUGUCGGCACCUUGCUGAACCGCAUGAUCAUCCAGCACUAUCCUGGUGAAGAGGUGAACGCUGGGAGGAUCGGCCUCACCAUCGUCAUCGCCGGCAUGGUGGGCUCCCUCAUCUGUGGGGUGUGGCUGGACAGGACCAAAACCUACAAACAGACCACCCUGGUGGUGUACUUCAUGUCUCUGGUGGGGAUGAUCGUCUACGCCGCGACACUCAGUCUGGGCCACCUAUGGGUGGUGUUCAUCACAGCUGGAGCUCUUGGGUUUUUCAUGACGGGCUACUUGCCGCUAGGUUUUGAGUACGCAGUGGAGCUGACUUAUCCUGAGUCCGAGGGCACGUCAUCCGGGCUCCUCAACUGCUGCGCACAGGUGUUUGGCAUCAUCUUCACCAUCAGUCAGGGCAAGAUCAUCGACACAUUCGGCACGCUGCCCGGCAACAUAUUCCUCUGCGUCUUUCUCCUGGUUGGCACCAUCAUGACAGGCUUCAUCAAGUCCGAUCUGCGGAGACAAAAAGCAAAUGUGUUGGCCAAAGCAGAAGAGGAGUCCAAGGCCUCGGGACAAGACUACGGCGCCACGGCCUUGAUCCCCGGGCCGCAGACGCCGUCUUCACUCUAAACUUUUCCAACCCCACAAAACAACAACAAAUGUAAUCUUAGCGCCACCCACAGACGCACAAAGGGAGCGUCUGACAGCCGGAGAGGGUCUGCACACACUUUCAUCCAGGAAGCAGAGUUGUAGACGUUCAGUGUAGGGCAACACCCGCACUGGAACACUUUGCACCCCGGAUGAACUACAUCCACUUACAGUCAUUAUUUAUAAAGGACAAAAAAAGAAAUUCAAGAAUUAAGUGUUGUAUUUCCUAACUUGACGUAAACCUAAUCAUACAUUGAAUAUCAAAUACAUGUGAAUCACUUGUGCCUUGACAAUUGUCUGUAUUGAAAAUGUUUUAUUUGUAAAACACCAAAGGUGUAUUUAGGACUGAUUUCUGUCAUUGGAAAAAAAUAAUGGCACCUUAUGACGUGAAGAAGAAAACAAAUGUGAAUGGAUUUGCGAAAUGAUUCCUUGUUUUUAUACAAAUGUGACAUUGUAACGUUUUUACAUGACAUAAAAGAAA